AUGGAUCACGACGGCGGGGCUACUUUGGCUGUGGCCGAGGAGAGCGCAUGGGCCAGUGUGGAUGGCGGCAUGGACGACCCUGAAGAGAUUCGGGUCAUCUUUUGCGCGCUGGAUUCGUUUGCACAAUAUGCCAAAGUCGCCCACUUCAACGUCACUCAUCUUCGCCGCCGGUCCUUCUACGCCCUCCCUCAGGCUCACUGGAAGCUCCUUGCCGCGCCUCCCUUCAACUUCCUUGACACCCUGGACAAGGUCGAUGAGGCGAUUGACACCAACGCCGUCCUGGCUCGGGCCAUUCUCAAGUCAGGAUUGACUUCAUUCAAUGCCCUCCCUCCCAGUGCAUCAGAGUCUGACCCGCCGGUCAUGCCGCAUGAGUGGGCUGGAAUAGCCAAGCAUGCAGACAUAGACAAGGCGAGAAGCACUCUCCGUCAGUUCUACCGCGACUGGACCGAAGCUGGCGCAGAGGAAAGGGCCGCAUCGUACGGCCCCGUGAUGAAGGCUCUUGAAAAAGAGACCAAGGCGUCGGAGGGCAGACGUUUGAAAGUCCUGGUUCCUGGCGCGGGUUUGGGACGACUAGUGUUUGAACUCUACGCCGUGCCAGACAUCCAUCCCGGCACCACACUUCUCAACGCCCCCAACCUAGGCUCCAUGUCCAUGUGCGCCGCCGACUUCCUAUGUCUAUACGGCGACGAAGACCAUGAAGCCUCCUACGAUGCCGUCGCCAGCGUCUUCUUCCUCGACACGGCGCCCAAUCUCAUUCGAUACCUCGAGGUCAUCUACCACUGCCUCCGCCCCGGCGGCGUCCUCAUCAACGUCGGCCCCCUACUGUGGCACUUUGAAAACAACGCGCCGGGCAACCACGGGCACGACGAUGACGGCGAUGGCGAGCACGACUUUAACAACUCGUCUGGCAUUGCCGAUCCUGGGAGCUUCGAGCUCAGCAAUGACGAGGUAAUGGCGCUGGUGGAGAAGCUGGGGUUUGUAGUAGAGUCGAUGGAGAUGGGCCUCAGAGCGCCGUACAUUCAGGAUACGGAUAGCAUGCUGCAGACGGUGUACAAUGUGACGACAUGGGUGGCUCGCAAGCCGCUGGAGAAGAAGGGAACGAGCGAUGUGAAGAAGACAGACGAGACAUGA